AUGCUUCCUUGGAGGUGGAACGGAAAAGUCUGUUCUGGACCAGCGAUCCAAGACAGAAAGACAGCUCUUCUAGAACUCAACUCGAAGACCAAACACCAAGAAAGAGAUCUACUGCUGAUAGACAAGAAGCAGUGGGAGUCAAGGGCGUGUCAGUUCCUUCAGGGUUCCAAUACUGCGCAGAUUCUCUCGCCCACCAGCGAAAUGGUUUCCGGGAAUCUCUGCAGGAUUCGAUCCGAUACAGAAACGACAGUAAACCAUACCAGUCCAAUCCCGAGUUUCGAUCGUCAACUGUCACCCAACCUCCGAACCCCGCCGAUGUUAUCGCGUCGAAUCCCUGGAGCCGACUACCGUGUUUUCCACACUCCAGAGCCGAUCGGAACUUACAAGAGGCGGGAACAACGAGAAGAGGUCUGGACUGAGAACGACAGGCUGUUUGUUGGCGUACUGGAGCCGAUUUCCACAAGCUUGCAAGGGAGGGGAGAGACGGUUCGCACAACAGAAUUGUCGCGGCCUGAAGGAGGCUCAACUUGAGCACGUCGCCCGCCCGCCCUGCGCAGCCUUGCGACGUGAAGAAACAACGGGAUGACAGGAUGGCAUUGCCUUUGAGCUAUGCGGUACACUGAUGAUGAACAACUGCUGGUGCCACUGCUGGAGGAUGUGAUAACUUGUAUAGCAA